UUCAGUUAUAAUCCACAACAAUUUCCAAAUAGAAACGAUGAAGCCUACGACAACCCUAACUUUACGCACUCAUCGGCGGAUAUUUCCACAAGUCACAGCCAAAGAAGCACACCAUGCUUAGGCAGUGCCUAUUUAGGACCAAAUUAUUUAGGAAGUAAUCAGUUUAUAGUUUUAGAAGAAGACAACCAAAAUACUUCAGUUUCGUCUGUUAUAAAAAACAUAGUCCCAUGGACCAAAAAUCGAAUAAGAAAAGGCUUUACGAAAAAGAUGCUUUACAGGAAGCUUCCCAUUCUCGCUUGGCUUCCAAAGUACAACACCAAUUAUGCCGCUGGUGAUUUUAUAGCUGGAAUAACAGUCGGUCUUACGCUAAUACCACAAGGUUUGGCAUAUCACAGUAUUAUCGGCUUACCGCCUCAAUAUGGUUUAUACAGCUCGUUCAUAGGAUGUUUUAUUUAUAUUAUCUUUGGCAGUUGUAAAGAUGUGCCAUUCGGACCAUCUGCGUUGAACGCCAUACUUGCUGCGCAAGCUAUCAAAGGGAGAGGACCGGAACAUGCGAUCUUGCUCUCGUUCAUGGCUGGAUUGAUACAAAUAAUGAUGGGAAUCUUUGGUUUAGGUUUUAUCAUAAACUUCGUAUCUGGUCCAGUAUCGUCAGGAUUCACCUCUGCUGUAGCCCUGAUAAUAAUAACCUCACAGGUAAAAGAUAUUUUAGGAAUCAAUCCAAAGAGUGGCACUUUUGUGGAAACGUGGUAUAACAUUCUACAGGAACUACCUAACACUAGAUUGUGGGACACUGUAAUGGGAAUAACAUGUAUUAUUUUGCUGCUGGUCAUGAAGUCAAUCGGUACCAAAAAGCUUGGAUCUGACGAACAAAAGCCGACAACACUCCAAAAACUAUUUAACAACAUCACCUGGAUCAUUGGCACUGGUCGCAAUGCCAUCCUGGUAGUGAUAUGUGCAUUUAUAGGUUACUUAUACUGUUCCAUGGGAAAACCUCCAUUUUUGGUCAUCGGAGAAGUACCACAAGGAUUGCCUGGAUUCCAACUGCCAUCAUUUGGAUACACCAAGGAAGUCAAUGGAACAGUAGUGCAAGAAUAUACUUUCAUGGAAAUGCUGUCCAAUUUGGGAAGUGGUAUAAUUAUUGUACCGUUGGUAGGAUUGCUCGAGAAUAUCGCCAUUUGUAAAGCUUUUGCAAACGGAAAGCCCGUAGAUGCCACCCAAGAGUUGAUAGCCCUCGGUUUCUGUAACAUCGGCAAUUCCUUCGUUCAGGGCUAUCCCGGAACUGGUGCUUUGGGGCGCAGUGCUGUUAAUAAUGCCAGUGGCGUACGCACUCCUCUUGGAGGAUUGUAUACUGGGAUUCUUGUGAUUGUAGCUUUGUUGUUUUGCACAGAAUAUUUUUACUACAUCCCGAAUGCAGUGCUAGGUGCUGUCAUUAUAGCUGCUACUAUAUUUAUGAUUGAAGUGAAAGUUGUAAAGCCCAUGUGGAGAUCAAAAAAAAGUUGUUUCAUUAUUUUCAUCGUUACCUUCAUUGCCUGUUUGGUACUUCAUUUGGAAAUUGGCAUUCUGGUGGGAAUCGGUAUCAAUUUGCUGCUGAUAUUGUACCAUGCGGCGAGACCAAAAAUAUUCGUGGAGAAAUUAAGUACCACUGGAGGUGUAGAAUACCUGCUCCUAACACCCGAUCGAUGCCUGAUCUUCCCCUCGGCUGACUAUGUCCGUCAUAUUGUAACCAAAUAUGGUGUUCGCCAAGGAAUUCCCGUGGUCAUCGAUUGCUCGCACAUAUACGGCGCAGAUUUUACUGCAGCCACAGUGAUUGAAACACUAACUUCCGACUUCGCCGCUAGAGACCAAAUCAUCUUCUUUUUUAACCUCAAACCGUCGGUGUGUUCAGUAUUUGAAGGGCUCUCCCCGAAAGGCUUCGUGGUAUUUUACAACGGCAAUGAACUCGAUGAUUUGUUGUUAAAGUAUGUUAAAGGCGAGAAUAUUAAAGGAGAAAAUGUUUAG